AUGGCAGUCCUGGGUCUCUCUAUCCUUACCACAUGGUGGUCAUGGAUCAGUUUUGGAUUCAUGACCAUCUUACUUUACGUCAUUUUCAAAGUGACCAUGGCCUAUAUAGACUACUGUACCUGGGUCCACUUGUACAAUGACCUCCCUGGGGAUCCUUCCCCCAGCAGACUCUGGGGGCACCUGCUGAACUAUCCAGGGCCUAAUGAGGAGGGGCUUAAAUUCCAUAUGGAGCACUGUGACAGAUACCCACUGUUUCACUUACUGUGGAUUAGCUUCAGACCAGUGCUAAUUCUCCACCAUCCAGACACAGUCAAAGAACUUCUGAAAUCUACCGAACCAAAACCACGCCAGAUAGGUACAGUAUAUAUCUUGGGUUUGGAUUGGUUGGGGGAGGGUUUACUGAUAGCCAAUGGAGAGAAGUGGGCGCGAAAUCGCAGGCUCCUGACCCCAGCAUUUCAUUUCGAUAUUCUACAGUCUUACAUAGCACUCAAAAACAAGGCUGCUUCUGUUCUGGUGAUAGAUGCAAAGAAGACGCCUUGGUUUUACUCGGACUUUCUGUUCAGUUUGUCAGCCAGUGGACGAGAGUUUAAAAAGAACUGUGAUUAUGUGCAUAAAGUGGCAGAGAAUAUUAUUGAAAAGAGAAGAAAAAGUUUAAAAGAAGAUGGUCCAAAUCCAAAAACUCGCCACCUAGACUUUCUGGACAUUUUAUUGACAGCAAAAGAUGAAAAUGACAAGGGCCUGACCUCACUAGAAAUCAGAAAUGAGGUGGAUACAUUCUUGUUUGAAGGCCAUGACACAACUACGAGUGCCAUGUGUUGGACUUUGUAUUUGCUGGCCAAACAUCCUGAGCACCAGGAUCUCUGUCAGAGAGAGAUAGACAAGCUUCUGAAGGACAGAGACAACAAGGAUCUAGAAUGGACUGACUUAUCUAAGCUUAGUUACCUAACUCAGUGUAUAAAGGAGAGUAUGCGGCUCUACCCCCCAGUGACCUUUAUACAGCGGGUCACAACCAAGGAGACGGUGCUACAUGGCCACCCCAUUCCCAUAGGCACCACGAUGGGAAUUCCGAUCUAUAACCUCCAUCAUAACAAGGCAGUCUGGGAAGACCCGUACGACUUCCGCCCCAACAGGUUCUCCCCCGAUAGUGAGAAGAAUGACAGCUUCGCUUUUGUGCCUUUUUCUGCAGGUCCCAGAAAUUGUAUUGGUCAACACUUUGCAAUGAAUGAAAUGAAAAUCAUUCUUGUUCAUAUUUUACAAAGAUAUGAAUUAAGUUUGGAUCCAGAUCAUGAAGUCAAUAUUAAGAUUGGGGUUGUAUUACGAACAAAAAAUGGAAUAAAAGUCCAAGCAAGGAGAAGGGAUGUAUAACAUUCAGAAGCUUGCAUGUA